CCUAACCCUAGUAGCAUUUGGCGGAAUAUAAGCCUUGCACAGUUGCACUCCAAUUUCGAUUUUUCAUAUGGUCGAAGACUGAGGUUUUAGAGGGCUUCGUCAGAGGCAUUAUAUUUCGUCUUCAACCUUGCAACACGGGGACCGUAUAGUUAAACAAGGCAAAAAAUGGCGUAUGCAGCGAUGAAGCCCACUAAACCCGGUUUGGAGGACUCUCAGGAUCAGAUUCACAAGAUCAGGAUUACUCUUUCUUCUAAGAACGUGAAGAAUCUCGAGAAAGUUUGUGCUGACUUGGUACGAGGUGCCAAGGACAAGAGGCUCAGGGUGAAGGGACCUGUGAGAAUGCCCACUAAAGUUCUUCACAUCACCACCAGGAAAUCCCCUUGUGGUGAAGGUACCAACACUUGGGACAGAUUUGAACUUCGUGUGCACAAGAGAGUUAUUGACUUGUACAGCUCCCCAGAUGUGGUUAAGCAGAUUACUUCAAUUACAAUUGAGCCGGGUGUGGAAGUUGAGGUUACCAUUGCAGAUGCUUGAUUUGGCCCAAAAAUGAUUUCUUUUUGUUAUUUUGCCUCUUGGCUAAGAAAAUGUUUUAGUGGAACUCUUACAAUCUAGGGUUUGGCACAAUGCCUUUCCUGGUUUAUUAGUUUGAAGCUGGUAACAUUGUUUGUUUAUUUUUUGCUGUGGAAGUUGAUAACACUUACCUUUAUGGUCAAGGUUAUUGAUGAAUACCUCCUUUAUUAGUUUAUGGUCAUGGUUAUUGAUGAAUACCUCCUUUUAUUAGUUA